AUGACUGCUAGGGAGAUUCCCUUAAAAGAAAUAUUAGGAGAUGCAUUAAAGGACUAUUCUACCGUGCCUUCAGAAGAACAUGAGCCUGAAGCCAUUGAAGAGAGGAAAUUAACUGAUGAAACUUCAGAGAAAGAUCAAGCUCCAUAUGAGCACUCAGAAGCUCCUGUGUCCGAAGCAAUGGAUGAGAAAUUAAUGCAAAUGGAGAAUAAUCCCACAUUAGAUGCCCCUAAAGUAGAGUCUGAAGAUAAUGGAAAGGGGAAUGGACAUGAAGCCCAGGAAAACUUGCCUGAGGAACCAUAUGUGCAUAUAGAAGAAGAGACUGGAAAAUGCAACACUGUAUCAGAAGCCACUGACAUCUCAAAGGGGGAGGAACCUAGAGAACCAGAGAAUCAACGUGAUGCUUGUGAAUCCAAAACAUCGCAGAAUGAGCAAUCAUCAGAUUUUGGAUUGGAGAGAAAAGAAACUGAUGAUGGAAAGCCAUUGGAUGAGGCCACAAAUUUGGAAGAAACCUCUGGUACAUGUGAGGAUGGAGAAAAGGCUACCCAAGAAGAAGAAAAUUUAGCUGAGAACUUGGCAAAAUCAGAAAGCUUGAUGGAAGAUAUUGCGGUAGAAAAAGAAGAAACUGAACAGCUAAGAAGAGCUCAUGAUCAGAUGCCUGAGGCUGAUAGCGUGAAUGAUAAUGCAAAGAAUGUUGAGCUAGCACUAGCAGGUUUCGAAGAAAAGCCCAAAUCUGACUCUGAACCCGUGGCUGAAGACCAAAGUAAGGAAACAUUCCCAGAAAGCAGCAAGAGCCAAGCUGAUGAAACCACCACCGAUGUUCAGAAUCCAGAAACUGAAAAACAGAUAAAUGAGGAAGUGGAAGACAAAUUGGAGCAUGAAGAAUACAUUAACAGAGAACAAAAUGCAAAUGAGGCUAGCAAGACUGUCAUCUUGUCUGAAGAGGUCGAUAAGGAAGUUGAUAAAGCUGAUGACAACAAAGACAUCAAAGAGCAUGUCAUGGAGGAAGAAAGUAGCACAAAUGAACUUCAUCCAGUACCAAAAGGAGAUGAAACAACUAAUGAGGUCAUCUCAGUGGAAGACUACAGUUCAGUCUCAACUGAAUGUCUCAAGGAAGCAGACUCCCAGGAACAGAUAGAAGCAAAACACCCAGAGGUUGAAGCACAUUCAACCAAAGACAGAGAAACAUCCCUCAUCAUAGAAGAAUCAGAAGAAAAGGGACAGGAUGAAGAGUCUAGAGACCCUGUAAGUGUGCAUGGAGAAGAAAGGGAGUCAGAAGAAGGAAUUGAGGAGGACAUUGCUAAUGAAUCAAUACUUUGUCAAGACGAGAAUGAUAGUGAAGCUGUGACAAAAGUAAGAGGAGAGACAAGCUUAAACAACACAGAAGUGGAUGAGGAGCUUGUAAAUACAUCGAAUGCUAGCUCUGGCAAAAUGAGUCUACAAACUACUGAGAGUGAUGCAAAUCAAGAGACUAAAGAAGUUGAGAAUGUGCAACUUGAAGAAAUAUCCUCUGGCUUGGCAACUCAAAUCCCAAGUAAUGACAAUGAUGAAGUACAAAAGCAGGGUAUAAAUGUGGAUAUUGUAGACAAGGAUGAAGCUGAGGUAAACGAGAGAGAUUCUGAUGCAGUUCACAUGUCCAAGGAUCAGAUUGAUGAAGCUGAGAAAAGCCUAACAGUGGAAAAGGUGGAUCAACUCCCAAGUAGUGAUCAAAAGCUUGUUGAGACAAAGAGUGAAACCUCGAAAACUUCAAAUACGGGAGAACCGGGGAAAACCGAAUUAGCUUCAGAUGGAAAUCAUGUGUCUGAAGACAAGGGCACUGAAGAAGAUGCAGAAACCAAGAAAAGCCUCACAGCAGAAGAACAGGAUGAGAAUGAAGUUGAAGAAACCAAAGGAGUACCAGAAACAUCAUCAGAUUGCAUAUCUCAAAGGGUUGAAACUAUUGUGGAAGAUGAAAUUAUUUCCCAUAAUACUCUCCCAAAAGAGAAACCAGAGGAGCAACUUCAAACUUCAGUCUCCACAUUGCCUUCUGAGGAUGAAGAGAACAGCACUGCCCACCCAAUUGAGAAGAUAGGUGAAGAGAUACAGACAGAUGCUGAAAUAGUAAAACAUGAGACUCUAGAAGAUUCUUCUGACACAAAGACAAAAGAAGAGGUAUGCUUGCAAAAGGAAGAGCAAAGGGAGCCAAGCGCUGUCUCAGAAGAAGAAACUAUUGUUGAUCAGGGUCUUCAAAAGGAGGAACCCAAGGAGCAAAUUCAGACUACAUCUUCUACAUUGCCUUCCGAGGAAAGGGGGCAUGGCACUGGAGCCAUAAGUGAGGAGAAAGAAUAUGACAAAGCAAAGGAAGAAGUUCCCAUAGAGCUAGAUGUUUUUUCUGGAGAUGAAAGCGAGCAAAAUCUCUUAGCGAAUAAACCAGAGGAGGGGACUGCAAGCUCUGAAUUUCUUCCCAAGGAACAGGAGGAAGAAGCUAUCAGCACAGUUGAGAAGAUAGAAGAAGAGAAAAGAAAGGAAGCAGAAAUUCCAGAAAACAAGAUUUCGGAAGAUUCUUCCGAUGCAAAGAAAACAAUAGAGACGUGCUUGGAAAAGGAAGAGUUUCAUGAGCUUGAAGAUGCUAAGAAAGAUGACAGCACUGCACACCCAAUUGAGAAGAUAGAAGAAGAGAUACAGAAGGAUGCUGAAAUAGUAAAACAUGAGACUCUAGAAGAUUCGUCUGACACAAAGACAACAGAAGAGGGAGCAUGGAACUGGAGCCAUAAGUGA